GAACAACCAAAACAACACGAUUUCGCAACUUCCCCAUUCUACAAGGCUACGGUCAGACCUAUUUUGGUGCCAAAAACUAAAUUUUAUUUAUUGAAGAUCGAAUAAGCGCAUAUUACCCCUCUUUCCUUAAAAUGAAGCAAUCCUCGAGCCGUACCCCUGGUCAGCCAACAGGCCGACCUAGCAACGCCAUACGCAGACUACCAGAAGUGGUUUCGGGAUUUCAAUCUCUCAACUCAUCCUCAGCAGCCAAUCAAGCCAAGACGGAAUAUCGAAGAGGUGAAUUUCUCGAGCAGCUAGUCACCCAGAAAUAUCCAGCAGCCGUGGCUGAGGAGCACAUUCAAUUCAUACGUGAUUCGUUCACCAGUUUCAACGAAAGGGUUAGGAAACUACAUAUGGCUGUACCAAUAGCACCUAAGAGACGGGGAAGAAAGGUCAAGAAUGCUGAUAUCGACAAUGGUAUGAGUGCCGAAACGGAUGGGGAGAUGGCUAUGAUUGUCGAUGAUGAUAAAGAUAGCGACUAUAAUGAAGAUCGUGGUGCUGUGUCGUGUCAGCUUACCGCAGAACAAGAAGCAGAAGAUGAAGAACACUGGCGCCAAUCAGUAAAUGACCUCUCAAAAGACACGAGUAUGACGAAGUACUUUGUAGAGAUGGGGUACCAAAUGCCCUCUUCUCUGCCAGAGGAAGGAUUUAAGGUACAAGACCAGCAAGAAUCUACACUCCCUAGACGCAAGAUUCUGUCAAAGAAAUGGGUACCACGUCCUAUCAAGAACAACAAACGUGCCUCAUUACCACCACCAAACGCCGAUCAGCGAUUCGAGUAUCCAUCACCACACAAUACUGCACAAGAGCAAAAGGUUGACACAACUAGCAAUCUUCCCGUGUCUGUAGCGCCAUCACUUUUCAAUCCAUCAGUAUCUUCUUCCAAACGUGCCAAGACAGCGUCUUUAUCCUCCACCAGAUCCCAUUCUGGACCCAAGCUACCCCCUCGCUGUGCCUCGUGCGUGCAGAUGAAGAAGAACUGCGAUCGUAAGACUCCUUGCGGAAGAUGUUCUGGCAUGCGCGAAUACAAAGCGUGCAAUCCAUACUGGAGAGACGUGCAAAGAAGUUUGGAGGCAGAGCAAUGAGAGUUGGGAUUCUGAUUCUGGAUGCAUGCGUGCGCUUGGUUGGACUUUAUCCUGCUUCUUCAUAGAAUACGACAGACCAUACUGGUGUUCAAGGAGUGGAGGAACGAGAUUUUUGUGGUCUUUUCGAUUAGCUGCGGUGUAAUUGGCUCAUCUCUCACCUUCUCUCUUUGGAGCAAUCAUAAUUGAGAGAUCGAUAUUUGGCAACUCAUGGAUUUUUUUACAAGUCAGCUUGGGUAACGGAAGCACUUAGAAAUGGCGGUUCAUGCAGUGGCAUAGAUAAUA